GUUGCGCUUCGGUGAAUGAACGAGCGAGUGAGGCAGUGAGGGAGUGAGUCAGUGAAUGGUGGAGGUCUCGAUCUGCUGCCAUCCUUAAGAAGCCAGUUGGUGCUUUGCUUGACGUUAUUUGAUGCUGAACUCUGCCGAGCUGCGACAUUAGCGCCCACUCCUUCUUCUGUCUCUCGCUUUGCUUAACUUGUCGAAAGAAAGAAAGAUAUAUGAUUGUUUGAUUAAAUGAAUGAGAGAGAGAUUGGCAGACAGGUUCGGCGAAGGUGAUGAUUGAGAGCGAAGGAAGGAGAGGAGCAGGAGGUGGUGGAGGAGGAGGAGGAUGAGGAGGAGAGGUUGCAGUUUGUGGAGAAAAAGGUUGUGUUGUCGUCUGUAAAUCCGAGGGAGAGAGGGAGAGGGAGAGGGCAGUGCUUGAUGGUGGAGAGUGAGAGAGAGAGAGAGAGAGCCCAUGAACUUGCGGCAUGGAAGGUGGCGAGUUGCAUCUAGGUCAUCGGGAGUUGAUGUGUUGACUUGAACGGAGGAGGCAUCGUUUGACGAGAGGAGUAGUGGGAGCCUGGUCAGGCGGAGGCUGCGUACGCACCGAGAGAAGAGGAAGAUGGCGCAGAGGUGCAAGAGAGAUUCGCAGAUCUGCUGCUGAGAAGAGAGUGAGCUGUGGACUAGUCUCAGCUUUGAGCGGAACUUGAAUUUGUGAAUGUCAGUUGUGCGCCUCGCGUGGCUGUGUUUUGUGGCCACCUCAAUUGUGUGAAGUUUGCGGCAGGCUGGGUUUUUGUUGCCCUGGUAAUUGAAUCUGUGCCCUUGGUGGUCUCGGUUGCGAGCGUCGAAGGUGUUGGUCCACUUACCUUGCAGUAUGGGUGUAUUAUUCGGCUAGCGCCAUGAUUGCAAGCAGAUUUUGCAACGAUGUGUGCUGAUUCUGCGUUGGAAUCCGGAGUCCAACGAACGAGUGGUAAUUGGUAUAGUGGAGAGGAGUGCCGAAUCUUUGUUUCUGUUAGCCGACCUUGAAGAUCUAGGCAGGUUUGGUUGGCUGGGUGUGUGUUUGUGUCAACGCUGAGCUUGCGACGCACGGAAUCUACUUACCGAGUUUCGUCUGGUCGGUGCUUUGAACUCUUCAAAUCGUGUGGCUCGCUCUGUACUUGCAUCGAUCACUUGAGGGAGAAGAAGAAAGCCAUGGCGCAGUGCAUGGCAGGGUCUUACUGGUGGCAGGCCAGUUUCAAUGCCAGUUUUCAUCAGCAAUUAUCAGCCCAUGUGUUGUCCCGUUCGGCCACGCAGAAGUAUUCGAACUCUUCAAUUCCUCCAUUACCGUCUCAUAGUGUGUGGGAAGAAUUUAAUCUGCCAAGAUUUGGAACAGAGGCGGUUAGCUCGGAAAAGUGUUCAGCAACAACAUCCAGUCCUUCGAUUGUCUGUUUUAGAGACGAUGACUUGCCUUUUCCGGAACAUUUAGUAGGAAGAAGUCCGAGCGACCUUAAUGUUCGGACGAGUCUGGAGAUCAGAUAUAGCCCUUGGGCCGUUCACAUGAUGAACGGAUUUGGAAAGAAAGAAGGAAACAAGCUGAAAGAGAGCACCGGUGGACCGCCAGGAGGGGGCAAUGGUGCUGAUGAUGGCGGAGGUGACGGUGGGGGUGGCGGCGGUGACGAUGAUGGAGAAGAACACAUAUUCUUACUACCUGUGCUGACACUGGCAUUUGCAGCGUUCCACUUAGGUUAUUGUAUUGCAAUCUGGAUCAAGGACGAGAAUCUGGAUUUUGAGUUUUUCCGCACUGGAUUAGUUCUCUUCGGCCUCCUGGCUGUGGCAGCCAUUCGUCUCAACGCCCGAACAGGGAUAGACGCAUACAUCUUAGGCCUUGGAGCGUCGGUGGGCGUUAUGGUCUGGACAGGCGAGCGUUGUCUGGUUAAAAGAGAAGGAAGUCCAGCUGGGAUUGUAGCACUGUUUGCUGCAUCGAUGGCUGUCAUGUUUACGGCUGCGCUCUACCACAAUAUUUAGCAUCACGGAGUAUGAGCUACGUCCUUCAGAUCAUCGAGUGGCGCCUGCAGUAUAUUUGUCAAUAUCAGAUGUGGAACGGUGGCCAUGUUAGGUUUGCUUGGCUUCUUUGUAGUCUGUAGCGAUGCUACAGCCACAACUCAUCAGUUGUAUUCAUCGGAUGGGACAUGAUGUCUGUAUUAACUUCAGUUUGCUGCACUGGAGUUCGGUGGCAUUGUUUCCUACCGGAUUGGAAGUUACCUCGUCAGUUGAGGGAAGGUUGGAAUCCAGCCAACAUCAAACAUGUACAUAUUUUGUGGUUGGAGUGGCUUAGAUUGUCAGUACAGGUGAAUAUUUGUUCUAUAAUAUAUUGUAUAUAAGCAGUCCUGUCGACGAGGGCAAAACCUUUUGCCCUCAGAUUGCCAGCGACUAAUUCCUCUCAAAUUUGUCUCAUUGUUCAAAAGUACACCUCAUUAUGCUUUACACUAUUAAUUUGUACCAGAGGUGGAGUCUUUAGACUUUGAUUCGCCCAGCUAGUGCCGAGUUUGACAUUAGGUGCAUUUAUGCACUAAAUUCAAAGGUUUGAAUUGAUCCCGGAC